AUGCCGAAAGCAGAGUUCGGGACGCCAAAAUGGAUGAGCAACAAAAUAAAGGCCUCCGGCCUGCAGAAACUAAGAUGGUAUUGCCAGAUGUGUCAAAAGCAAUGCCGAGAUGAAAAUGGCUUUAAGUGCCACCGGAUGUCGGAAGGCCACCAGCGUGCAAUGCAACUUUUUAUCCAACGUCCUGGGAAAUUCAUGGACGAAUUCUCUAAGGAAUUCGAGGAGGAGUUCAUGAAAUUGAUGCGCACAAGGUACUGUCGCACUAGGGUACUGGCCAAUUCCGUCUAUAACAACGUGGUUUGUGACCGCCACCACAUCCACAUGAACUCCACCAUCUGGGUCACGCUAUCUGAAUUUGUGCAGUACUUGGGUGCGACGCAAAAAUGCAAAAUUGAGCUUACACCGAAGGGCUGGUAUGUGGAAUACAUAGACCAUGAUGAGUUGGCCAGAAAGAAGGAAGAAGAGAAGAGGAGGAAGAUAGAAAAAUCUCUUGAAGACGCUCGCAUGGAGCGGAUCGAGGCAAUGGUUGAGGAGGCCCGCCAGCGAGGAGAUUUUAUAAAGCCAGAAUAUACACCACUGCAACGGCAAGAAGGGCAAACCAUCUCGUUCACAUUCAACAAACCAAAGCCAGAGACAAAAGAACGGAAAGUCAACGCCUUGCAGCAGCUACACGACCAGCUGAAGCAAGAACGUCGCUCCAAGAGUGACGGCCGGACAGAAAAGCGCAAGGUGCCUGAAAUUCCCUUUAUUCGUCCGUUUGAUAUUGCAUGGAUGCGCGGGAAGCUGCCAGAAAGCUUCACCACUUCCCCACGUUCAUUUGAUGUGGAUGUUUUUUUGUUUCAGCUUUCGGCCAUGGAGGCCUUAGUACUGGAAGCGGAGCAGCGCAAGCAGAAGACGGCUGCGUUCGAAAGGAAACCAUUUUCUGAGGAUAGUGUCGCUCCAGUAGCAGAUAGCGGAGAAAGAAAAGGACAAGAUGAGACUGAAGAGCACCACACCAGCUCCCAGCAGCGACCCCCACCGCACAAAUAUGCAGAUGCCGACUGGUGGCUGCAACCGGGCCUAAUAGUCAAGGUGAUGCACAAGACUUUGGGGGAUGGCAAGUACUACAAGCAGAAAGGGGUGGUGAAGAGUGUAGAUGGCAGGUACGCUGCAGUUCUAGAGAUGCUAGAAGGAGGUGCCAUUUUAAAGCUUGACCAAGAAUACCUCGAAACUGUAAUACCUGUAAGAAUUUUCUUGGAAAGGGAAGGCUCGCAGGAGGCCGCCUUGCUGUUGUUCUUGGUGAAUGGCGUGGUCAUGAAGGAAGUCUGGAGGGCUUGGAUAUGGACUCAUACUCCGUGCGGGUGA